GGUUCUGUGGCACCCAACAUGUCCAAAGAAAAGACCUCAGCUAAAAAAAAGCCAGCCGAGCAUCCACCUUAUGCAGACAUGAUCAAAGCUGCUCUCUUAGCGUUGAAAGAGCGAAAUGGUUCUUCCCGCCAAGCCAUCGAGAAGUACAUCAAAGCCAACUACAAGGUUGGUGAGGUCAGCUCGCACUUGAAGAUGGCUUUGAAAAGGGGCGCCACUAGUGGAAAGUUUGUCCACACCAAGGGAGUCGGUGCUUCUGGUUCGUUUAAGUUAGCUAAGGAGGAAAUGAAGGAGAAGAAGCCGAUGAAAAAGCCAGCUGCAAAGAAGAAGCCUGCAGCCAAGCCAAAGAAACCCGCCGCCAAGAAGACAGCAAAGAAACCAGCGGCAAAGAAGGCUGCAAAGAAACCUGCCGUUAAAAAGACAGCAGCGAAUAAACCUGCGGCCGAAAAGCCAGCGGCAAAGAAACCCGUUGCCAAAAAGCCAGCUGCUGCAAAGAAGACCGCAGCUAAAAAGCCCGCUAAGAAAGCAGCGAAGAAAUCGCCAAAGAAGACCGCCAAGAAAUAA